AUGGAAACUCUCCUUACUAUCUGCAUCCAGUGUAACGCUGAGCUGGGUCGUUUUAGAAACUCCUGGAACGGCAUUGGAAAUAGCUAUCACAGCCCUGUAUACCCUCCUGUCUCAGUAGAUGGUCUGGAAGCAACAGGGCCAAUCUACAAUGGCGCCAAAAACUCUUACAUAGAGCAUAGUCAUUUACAAGACAUUGCUUGUAUAGAAUGUCAAGCUGUGGUCGGACUGCGAUGUGAAAGUGCUCCUGAGGGACACAUGCUGAAAGAGAAUCAGCUCAUUGUCAGACUCACCACUAUGUACGUCAUUAGUGAGCAUGAUGGUGAGAAGGCGAAGAUAUCAAUCCUUAGAUCCUUCCCUCUUAGCAUCACUUCUGGCAAGAGACCGACUGGGCCUCGCAGAGCAGCUACAGCUCAGCCUUCGGCCCGAUCUGUACGUUCAGUACAUGGAGCCUCAACUCCGCUACAUACAGCCGUGGUCUCUAGAAAACCGAAUUCCGAUAGCUGUACAUCAAUCUCAUCAACCAACGUUACCAUGCUACAAGUGACCAGAUUCAAAGACUGGGCCGAGGGUGCCAUCAGUAAUCAGCAAAAGCAUAUCGAUCGGAUCUCUGGCACUGUCGAUCGUAUCGAACGUGAUAUGAGACUCUUUAGAGAAUUCAUGCAUGAGGCACGGUCGGACCUUUCUUCGAGCCUACAGGUUCCAGAUUCGGCUGGAGAGGAAGACCUAUCCGCUCUUCGAGAAGAUCUUGAUGAAUUGCGUAAGAGAGUGGAGAGCAAUGGGCAAGAUAUUUCGAGGGCCAGCGAUGACCUCCCCGGAAAAAGUCUCGAGGCCAUUGCAAAUGAUGUUGAGCAAGUCAGUCAAAAGGUCAUUGAAGUCGAUGAGUUGAAAUCAGCGUUGGCGAGAAUGAGGGCUCGAGUCGAACUCCUGGAAAGGGAUUCUGAGCUCUUCACCACAACAAACCGCCAACAGCACUCUGGUUUCGGUUCAAAGAAACGUAGGAACAGCCAGCUGGAUGAUCUUCGCAGUGCCUCAGAUGAUUUGCGAACGGAUUCUUUGCAGAAAAAGAGAAACGUCCCCCUCAGGUCAACACAUGGACAAGAAUCUUCGAAUGAUGUCGAAACUCAAGACCAGCAGACUGGACGAGUUCGUGAAGUAAUCGAGAUUCUGUCAUCCGAGCAUGACCCAACUUCCCCAUCUCGAGGCCAAGGGAACAAGCAAGACCGACCUAAGAACUACAACAACACAGAGAACAGCCAGUAUUCUAUCCCAAACUCUACUUCCUCCACGUAUGUCCUGGAAGAGUCAAGCGGGAACCGCCAAGUCCCCACCUCACUACAAACGCACAUCGCAGACAAAGGCCCUUCAGCAAUUUCUCGAACAAGUACAUCUCGCAUCGAAGUCAGCGUACCUUCCUCUACCGCUCGCGCCAUGUCACUUCAGCAACAGGCCGUCCCAUAUCGAGAUGAUAAUGGGGUACUCUUUCUACCAAAUGGGAGGGUCGACGGACGCUCUCUUCGUUUUAAGAAGCAAAGGACAGGUAAGGAGAACAUAGCACCAGAUAGCCGCGAAGAGCUAGACUCCAUGGAGCGAGAUCGCGAGUGGACCCCAUUUGCCAGGUCUAAAGUGAAUGGCAAGGCUACUUCGGCUUCAGCGUCGGCUAGACAAGAUUCUGUGUCACCUGGCGAGGGUGCGUGUGAAGGCGAUGAUGGUGUGAAGAAUUUAUACAAGUGCGGCGGCUGCGGCAAAGAGUAUCGCCACCCCGGUAGUCUUAACUAUCAUCACAGUCACUCUGGUGGCGCCUGUAGCCGAGCUGAUGACGAUAUUGUCCCUCGAAAUUUCCAAUGCGAGAAGUGUAAGAAGGUUUACAGCGUAUAUCAGAGCCUCGAAUACCACCGCAAGCAUUCCAACUGCAAUCCGACAGCUGAACCCCAUGCAUCCUCCACGAACUCCACCACGUGCAACAUAUGCAACCGGACUUUCAAGAACAUGUCUGGUUUCUCCGUCCAUAAAUGUGUGAAGGCCAUAACGCCAGCCCUCAACAUUGCUACGAGAGAAACGGUCCUUGCAGAGCGAGAGCGAUUAGUUCGCGCCACGCUGGAGAGAGAACUCGGUCGAUGA